UCCUCUUUUCCAGCAUUUCCUGAUGUUUCGUUUUCUUGAACCUCGCUUUGUUGGAUUUUGUUGUGUUUUCCCUGGUGGAUUUGUUUACCUUUUUUUUUAACCUUUGCCUGUCUCACUGCAGGCCUGUUUUAAUGGGUUGGUGUAUUGAUCUCCACUACCAGCAUCCAGCUGACUGAUUUAUGUACAACACUAGAGGCCGCCAGUGAGCCAUGAUACGCGAAUGACUCUGGGCGAACGUGAAUGAUGUCACCAUAAGCUUCGCAUCAACAUGUAGUUUCGUAGUAAACGUGCGCGUAAAACGCUGCUAAAAGCCGGGAACCUCUGAUGAAAUGGUCAAUAGCACUGAGGGCACGCGCGGAUCCCUCGCCGCCUCAGCUGAGUAGACGACCUCCUACCGACUUACUUCACGUCACCCCGCCCGUCUGCCUGCCGUCUCCUCCCUGAAACCUUUCCUACGACCAUCCCUUGGAGCGUCUCUGGGCUGUGCAAGCGAAUACUGACUGAGAGAGACAGAGGUGGUAAGUGAGAGAGUCCAAAUCCAAGCAGACUCCAAACAUCACCUAGACUACCUGCUCCAGCACAACGAGGGGAGGAGGACGCACAAGUGCAGGCGCGUCCAUGCGUGCCAGCUGAGACAAUAAGCGGGUAGAGGACCACACAUCCAAAAUUGGAAUAAGAGUUCAUCUGGAGAACUCUUUGAAAGAAGACACCUUUGUGCUUCAAGAACAAGACAGCCUAAAUGAGUAAAUUGUGAGAAGAGUCAUGCAUCUCAACAGAGAAGAAGAUAACAGCAAAGGCUCAGUGUCCCUCAGUGUGUUCCUGGUGUCUGUUGCGGUCGUUGUGUGUGCCGUUUGGCUGGUAGCUCUAUGUGGAGUCUGCACCUGGUGCCAACGUAAACUGGGGAAGAGGAACAAACCCGGGGUGGAGGCUGCCAGCUCUCCAGAAUCUGUGAGAGGUCGAGGGGAAAAUAAAGCCAUCAAUGAUCUAGACAGAGACUUUUGGAAUAACAACGAUAGCAGCAACGUGCAACAGAGGUGGAGCUCCUACCCGCCCAAGGAGUUCCUCUUAAACAUGUCUCCUUAUGCACCGUAUGGAGACCCUCGCCUCACGCCCAAUUUUGGGGACGCCUCCCUCUCCUCUGCCUCCACUCUGGAGCAUAUCCCAUCCUCUGCAGUGGCUCGCCCUCGGCCCCUGGUCCGGCAGCAGAGUCUCCAACAACCUCUCACCCACCAGCCCCCUCCAGGUCCUAAUGACCCCCCAGUCACAUCACAGAGCCUGGGCCAGCUGCACACGGGCCCUGGUGGCGGGGGCCACCGUGGGGGCCCACGCGGGGUUCGGGGGAGUCCAGCUGGAGCCUCCCGGUACAGAGGAACAGGGGCAGGCCGGUCGAGGUCAAAUCCUGGCAGCUGGGAUCACAUGGUAGAGCAGAUCCGUCACAGAGGGCUGGACGUCAAGUCCUUCUUUGAGGGGAAAAUGGUGGUUCUGUCUCUAGCGAUUGGGCUGGCUGAACAGGACGACUUCGCCAACCUGCCAGACCUACAGGAAGAUCCAGCAGGCAAAGAAAAUGAAACCACACCAGAAAAAAGGACUCCAGGUAACAAACCAGGCAGCAGCCCCAGAGGUCAGACCCCAGACGAGACCGGACGUCGCCACAACGGACACUCCUCUGUUGACUUGGCCAACUCGGUCACCAGCGACAUGCUCAUGAUGUCUCCAGGUUCAGAGGAAGACGAUCACGAGGGUCCGGUGUGUGAGAAGUUGGGUCGUAUUCAGUUCAGCGUUGGAUACAGUUUUCAGGACUCCACCCUCACCGUCAAAAUCCUCAAGGGCCAGGAUUUGCCUGCUAAGGACUUUUCUGGCACCUCUGAUCCGUUUGUCAAACUCUACCUACUGCCAGACAAGAAGCACAAACUGGAGACCAAAGUCAAGAGGAAGAACCUGAACCCUCACUGGAACGAGACCUUCCUGUUUGAAGGGUUCCCCUAUGAGAAGGUGGUGCAGAGGACUUUAUACCUGCAGGUCCUUGACUAUGACCGCUUCAGCAGGAACGACCCCAUAGGAGAGGUCUCCAUCCCCCUCAACAAACUGGACCUGGCCAACAUGCAGACUUUCUGGAAGGAGCUGAAACCAUGUAGCGAUGGCAGCGGGAGUCGAGGGGAUCUGCUGGUGUCUCUGUGCUACAAUCCAACAGCCAACACCAUCACUGUGAGCAUCAUCAAAGCCCGCAACCUCAAAGCCAUGGACAUCGGAGGCACUUCUGAUCCCUAUGUAAAAGUGUGGUUGAUGCACAAGGACAAGCGUGUGGAGAAGAAGAAGACGGUGGUAAUGAAGCGCUGUCUCAACCCUGUCUUCAACGAGUCCUUCCCCUUUGACGUGCCUGCCCACGUGCUGAGGGAGACCACCAUAAUUAUCACCGUCAUGGACAAGGACAGGCUCAGUCGCAAUGAUGUCAUUGGAAAGAUUUAUCUUUCCUGGAAGAGUGGCCCUGCAGAGGUAAAACACUGGAAAGACAUGAUGGGUCGCCCUCGUAAUGCCGUGGCCCAGUGGCACGCUCUGAAGGCCUGAGGGACCAAGCAACCUUCCUGCCUACAGGCUUUCCCUCCCCAGAAUCCAGCGUCACUCUGCCCUCAGCACAUACCCCUUCUUCUCCCUAACUGCAGUCUUUGGCUGGAGAUAAUGUCUGUCAUCUCUUUGUUCUCAGGCCUCUUUGAUAUCCUCUGCCCUCAGUCCUUGUGACACCAUCCUUACGUUUCACUCUUGUCAGGCUCUGAUUCCCACCUGACCCCCCCCUUUCAUUCCUUAAAUGUCUUUGAUGUCAUCACUCAUUUCCUCCGUAUGCUCUUUUCCUUUUUUUUUCUUUUUAAAGAUACCCUGCCCUCCACCUUGUCAGACAUGCCUGGUAUUUAACAUGACCAGCACAUCUUGCCACCCAUAAAUACAAACUAUCAACCAAAAAUGGAUCAAGCUGAUAUUCCAGUGAUCCUCUGGGGCAGCAAGAUGGGCUGUGUUCAAGCCUGUGCAACCAUUUUCAUCUGGUGUUGGUGAGGAAUUUCCCCCUCUGCUUCUUACCACUGUCUUCAACUCUUCUUACGUUACUGUCAUUAUUCUUCUACACCCUGAAAAAAUCAGGAAAUUCAACACAAGCUUAGGAAGAGAAAUAUGCUGUAUGUAAAAUGUAAUUGGACUGGAAUUGGCCUCCACUUCCACUCCUUACUCUCACUUUGGCACCACUGUAAUAAUUCUCCCCCGGCUGGAACCCUUUGUUGUCUGUGCGUGCUGUGGGUGAUGUGCCGUAACCCAAAAUGAAGUUAAAAAAAAAAAAAGAAAAUAAGAUAUGAACAUGAACAUUUAAAGCUGGUUCCACAGGUCACGUGUGAAAAAAAACCUUCCUAUUAUUUGGAAAAAAGAAAUCCCAGUCGACAGGGGGAAAAAAAUAAUACAAUUAAUGUUUUUGUUUUUGUUUUUUGUAUUGAUUUUUUCUUUCCAAAAGAAAAUAGAGAAUCACCCUGUUCUUCCAGGCACAUAAAAUAAGCAAAAAGCCAGCUUCUAGAAGUGUGGCGGUGUGGGAUUUUGAAUGUGUUUGUGUGAAUGAGGCAGUGUUGUGGACUUGAACAGAUACAUUUGAGAUAUUGUAGAAAACAGCAUUUCCCUUGAUCAUUUAACAUGAAGGUAUUGUUAAAAUGUGUGGUGUUGCAGUUAGUUGAAGACCUGGGGAGGUCACUAUUAGGUUUCAGGGUCGGUUCACUCAGAUGAAAGACGCACACACACACAGUAUUGUCUAUUGACCGUUGGUGGUAUAAAGGCAGGCUGAUAGCGUUUGUUGUAUUUAACUGGGGUUUUGCCCCUGAAUUGCUGCUGCCAUAUUCAAAUGCAAAGCAGAUCAAUAGGAUUUCAUUGUGGUGCUAACAGUGUUUGAAAUGGCUUUAGUGAAAAAUGUAACAGUGGCUUGUCUUUCCAGAAAAAAAAAAUCGGUGUUAAUCAGCUAAUUGAAAAACACCUCGGUGAAAGGGUUUUCAUUGUGACUGGAGAAAAACAUUCGACAACGAAAUCUGGCCUCAGCAACAACAGUUAUUCAAGCUUCAUUAUUAAAUGUACUUUUGUCACUAUUAAGAGGUUGGACAGGUUGAAGUAGCACACCGGAAACUAAAACAGAUUUCUAUUUCAUGAUCCUGCCAGGGGCAUUUUAUUUUAACGACAUGUUAAAAAGGCUGCAUUAAAGGUCCCUUUACUAGCUUUUUUUUUUUUAAUCUCAGAAAAAAUGGUUUACACAGCUGAAUGUUAUAUCAUUAUGUGGUAAACGUCAGUGAUGGGGCAAUAAAAUAGGCCCUAGGCUGCAGAAGAUUAAUAAGAAAUGAUGAAACAAAACAGCACUGCCAGUGAUAUUUCUUUGUCAGGUGUCAAAUGGAAUUGAUCUGAAAAUCCAAACAAUAUUUCUUGCUUCGGCUAAACUCACAUGUUAUGAAUGCAGGCGGUUAAUGGCUCUGUUAGGGUUACAGACGGAUGUAUGUUGAGAAAUCAGAUGAGGUGAGAUCAAUGUAAAUGCGCCAUCAGUGUCACCCAGGUAACAACAUAACUGUCAGCCGUACAGCUGGAUUAGCUGUUACAUCCUACCUUUUCAUUUUUACCAAACACUGAGUCCAAGUAUCAUUAUUGGACCUGUUUUUUGUUGUUGUUGUUGUGAGGUCUUUGAAGUUAGAAGUCAGUCUUCCGGUUGUUUGCCUCGCUGCCUGAAUGUGACCUCCCCUGAGUCCUGUAUAGGUCUGUGCUGACCAGAUGAGUGGAAACAAAUUAGAGUAAUAAUAUCUGGGGGGGGGAAGUCUUUUUACAUUCCACUGUUUGUUUUUGUCUUCUGGAUGUGUGUUUGCAUUUGUUAGUAUGUGUGUUUGCAUUGUGGGUGAGUGUCAAUAUUGAAAGUUUAGUUUGUGUGAUUGUAUUUUCUGUGAGUCUCUAUGUGUGUGUGUGUGUGUGUGUAUAUAUAUCUGCACUGAGUUCUAUUUUGCCAGUUUAAUACAGAACCGCAUUGUUUACCAUUUUUAUUCUGUAUGAAACAAUCCAGAUGUACAAAGAAAUGUUUUGUUUUUUUAAAGUCGUCACUUCUUUAAGAUUCACUGCACUCGUUGAAGCUGAAGCUGGAACAAACCUCUCUUAAUAGCGUGUUAUUUUCCUCAUGAGUGGACUUUUGGUCUGGUAGGCAAAUCGGUUAUACACGAGCUGAAAGCCAAGGACAAAGAUAAAAACCACACAAAUGAGCUUUACAGCAAUGCUAGAUUUAAAUAAAAAAAACUUUUGUUAUACUAUUAAGAAAUGGAUUUUAUUGCAAACAGAAUUAGAUAACCAUACUUUGUCCUUUCUGUCCUUCUAAUCUGGUCCGUUAUGAUUCAUCAAGACCAAAAUAAAAAGAAGGGUGGCACCUUGAAAUCAUUGCUGACGUUGCCCCGAAACACCCCCAUUGUGCACACAUGCUUUCUGGCACAAAGUGUUCUGUGUGUGCCUUAUGUACCCUGCCACGCCUCGCUCUUCACCAUAUGUGAUCCCUCCCUCCAAGUGUCAGGGAGGGGGGGAGGAGAAAAAAGAAAAGUGAGAGAGGAGAUAAUCAUCACCUCUUUGCAUCACUGUUAGCUACAUCUCAGGUCAGAGCAUUGGAGCAUCCCAAAAUAACACAGUCUGUCCUGAUGGCCCUGUGUGUGUUAAACAAGGCGUUACAUUCCAAAGGCUUAGUGAAAGUCACUUAAAUCAAUGCAGGUACCAUUUUCUUUUUAAAAAAAAGUCAGGGUUUGGUGUCUUUUAGCUUUUAAGGAAUCGAGCUAGAUCUGUCCGUCUACACUCUUCACUAGCCAAUUGCCAUAUUCUGGUACUUAUUCUUGGACACGCUCGCAUUUCUGAUUUAGGGCAUUCUCUUGUGGGGGAAAGCUUGAGACCAAGAGAGGUUUACCAGCAACAUUAUAUCUGAUAUACUGUACAAAUGAAUGUGAAGUGUCCUGUAUGGAAAAAAAAGAGAAAAAAAAUCAUCAGUAUAUUCUGGGGUUGUUGAUAUCUGUCUGUCUUCGGUAUCACAGCCCCUCUCUCACGCCCUCUUCUCUUUGUAGUUACACAUCCGUGGGGUGCACAAUGUCAAAUAUCAACCAUUUAUUUUUUUUAAACCUGUACAGUGUAUAUAAAAACAUAAAUGUGUAUAUAAAACAAAGAAAACUCUGA